AUGUCAAAGCCGGGGGGAGAAAGUAUAAAUACAGCGGGCUCGGCGGCCGGCGCGGAGGCUGCGGGGGAAGAGCCCGGGGGGUGCGGGGCCGUGCCGUGCCGUGCCGUGCCGGGAUGGGGCGGCGGGCGCUGCUGGGCGGCCGGGCCCCGCUCCACCUGCCCGGGAGCGGGCCCCGGGCCCGGCCCCGAGCCGCCCCGCAGGGCGCCGCGCUUCGUGUCGCAGGCCCGCUACGUGGAGACGCUGCUGGUGGCUGACGCGUCCAUGGUGCGCUUCUACGGGGAGGACGUGGAGAACCACGUCCUGACCCUGAUGUCCAUGGCAGCUCGCAUCUACAAGCACCCCAGCCUGAGGAACUCCAUCAGCCUGGUGGUGGUGAAGGUGCUGGUGGUGGAGGAGGCAGCAGCAGGGCCCGAGGUGUCUGACAAUGGUGGGCUCACCCUGCGCAACUUCUGCAGCUGGCAGCAAAGGUUCAACCCCCCGAGCGACCGGCACCCGGAGCACUACGACACUGCCAUCCUCCUCACCAGACAGGACUUCUGUGGCCACCAAAGCUGUGACACGCUGGGCGUGGCCGAUAUCGGCACCAUGUGCGACCGCAACAAGAGCUGCUCCGUGAUCGAGGACGAGGGCCUGCAGGCAGCCUACACCCUGGCUCAUGAACUGGGCCACGUGCUCAGCAUGCCCCACGACGACUCCAAGAACUGCGAGCGGCUCUUCGGGCCCCUUGGCGAGCACCACGUGAUGGCCCCGCUCUUCAUCCACUUGAACAAGAGCCAGCCCUGGUCCCCUUGCAGUGCCAUGUACCUCACCGAGUUCCUGGAUGGAGGGCAUGGUGACUGCCUGCUGGACGCGCCGGCCGAGCCCGUGUCCCUGCCAGCCGAGCUGCCCGGCCAGAGAGCCCUGUACAGCCUGGACCAGCAGUGCCAGCAGAUCUUUGGCAAGGACUUCCAGCACUGCCCCAACACCACGGAGGAGGACAUUUGUGCCCAGCUGUGGUGCAGGACGGGCAGUGGGGAGCCCCUGUGCCACACCAAGAAUGGCAGCUUGCCAUGGGCUGAUGGAACGCCCUGCAAAGCCGAGGGGCUGUGCUGGGAUGGGCGCUGUGUGCAGCAGGAGGCCCUGAAACCCCAGGCAGCGCUGGACGGCGGCUGGGGCCCCUGGGGCGCGUGGGGCUCCUGCUCGCGCAGCUGCGGGGGAGGCAUCCAGUUCUCGCACCGCCACUGCGACAGCCCCCGGCCCCGGCACGGCGGCAGCUACUGCGAGGGCCAGAGAACCAGGUACCAGUCCUGCCACACCCAGGAGUGCCCGCCGGAUGGGAAAAGCUUUCGGGAGCAGCAGUGUGAGAAGUACAACAGCUACAACUUCACCGACCUGGAAGGGAAUCACUUGGAGUGGGUUCCUAAGUACGCCGGAGUGUCCCCACGAGACAGAUGCAAACUCUUCUGCCGAGCCCGAGGGAGGAGCGAAUUCAAAGUCUUUGAGGCCAAAGUGAUCGAUGGGACGCUGUGUGGCCCAGAGACCCUCUCCAUCUGCGUGCACGGGCAGUGCAUCAAGGCUGGCUGUGAUCACGUCAUUGGCUCCUCCAAGAAGCUGGACAAGUGCGGGGUGUGCGGUGGCAAUGGCUCCACGUGCAGGAAAAUAUCCGGCUCGCUCAACAGAUCCAAAUACGGCUACAAUGACAUUGUCACCAUCCCCGCCGGAGCCACCAACAUCGACAUCAAACAGCGCAGCCACCGAGGGGUGCGGCACGACGGCAAUUACCUGGCCCUGAAGACCCUUGAGGGCAAGUACCUGCUCAAUGGAGACUUUGCCAUCUCAGCCAUGGAGCAGGACAUCCUCAUUAAGGGCACCAUCCUGAAGUACAGCGGCUCCAUGACCACUCUGGAGAGGCUGCAGAGCUUCCGACAGCUCCCGGAGCCCCUGACCGUGCAGCUGCUGACGAUUGCCAGCGAGGUCUUCCCACCCAAAGUCAAGUACACCUUCUUCAUCCCCAAGGACGUCCCUUUCAGCAAGCAGAAGGGCAAAGAGAAGAAGUCAGUCAACGUCAUCCGACCGAUGCUGACCUCCCAGUGGGUGCUGGGGGACUGGUCCGAGUGCUCCAAGACGUGUGGCUCCGGCUGGCAGCGGCGGACGGUGGAUUGCCGGGAUGUGGAGGGUCAAACCUCCUCUGCCUGCAACAGAUCCCUCAAGCCUGAGGACAUCAAGCCCUGUGGAGACGUGCCCUGCCCUCUCUGGCGCCUGGGUCCCUGGUCCCCCUGCUCCCAAACGUGCGGCGAGGGCGUGCGGACGCGCAGCGCCUCCUGCAUUGACUACGCCGGGAAAAUCACCGCCCCCGAGAAGUGCAGCUCGCCGGGGCCAGCGCCGGCCACCGCGGCCUGCGUGCUGCAGCAGUGCUGAGCCACGCCGGACUGCUCGGGGCCAGGGCUGCAGGGCUUCCACCACGCUGGGGCAGGACAGCAAGGGUGCCGUGGACCGCUCUCCAGUGGUUCGUCCCCACCGCGUCGAUGUCUACCUCAGAGGGGAGAAUAACGGCAGCAAAACAGGGAGGAAUCACUUCUUUUCCUUUCUUUCUUCCUUUUCUUUCUGGCUGGCUGCUCGCAGGCAAGUUGUAACUUAAAGGGAAAAAUAGGCAUAUCUGUAGGGUGUUUCCAAAGAGCUGGAUGUGGUUGCAGAUUGCUUUUGUAGGGUUUGCUGGGGUUUGGCACUGGAGAAAAUGGGGAGCCUGGUUUUGCUCUCUCCCCAUCCCAGCUGCAGGUCAAGGAGGUCCGGGGUGGAUGUCUUUGCUGAUAGAACUGGGAUUUCUUCACAAAAGGCAUGGAAUGGGUUGCCAUCCCCUCCCUGCAGCAGUGUGGGUGUCCUUGAGCAUGAGGAGUGUUUUAUCAGCUGUGGGUUACACUUGGGAGAUAAAUUGCUUGUGUGAAUGGGAGAAGGAAUAAGCUGAGAGCCAGAUCCUAGCAUGAAUCAGGCAGGAGGACAGGUGAGAGGUGGUUUCUGCUGGAUUUAUAAUCUACAAGGUGACAAACCUCUGUCUCCAAACACCCCCAGCACCUGCGGCCAUUCCUAGAGCUGUUACCUCACACCUCUGUUUCCCCAGCUAUAAAACCAAGGCUUAAUUACACCGGAUCUGUCUUACAGGGCCACUGUGAGGAUUAAUUAAUUCCUAAUUCUGCAGUGCUUUGACUGUGAAAUGCCAGUUGUGAUGCCCUCUGGAGCAGGCACUCUGGUGUGCCAGCAUUUCCUUUCCCAUCCUUGACUUUCAGUCCCCUGUGGGCCCAUUUUUUCAGCUCUGCUGUAAUUUUGGAGAUAAUUCACUAGCAUGGUUCUGCAGCAGGGAUGAGCCCAGGAUCUGUAGAUCAUGCCAGAGGUGACCAGUGCUGCUCUUCACCUCUGCUUUCCUGGGAUAUUUGAGAAUGCUCAGAUCUGGUGCCAGCUCCAGCCUCGCUUGAGCAGUUCUCAGUCCAGAACCAAGCCUGGCAAAGCUGGAGCUGCUCUUUCCCGGUGGGAAGCAGCCCCAGCCCUCUCCCAGCCCAGCUGCUGCCUGGCCCCAGCACAGAUGGCUGUUCAGACCCUGAACUUUGCCCUUUGCAAAGCAAUUGCUGGCCAUGUGCUGGCAGCAGCCUGUGCCUGGGGAGCAGGGAUGGAAUUUGGAAAGAUUUUGCUGUUGCUGGAUGAGCAAUUCAGUAUCUCCAGGCUCCUCUCAUACCCUGCCUUGGCUUCCUUUUUGGCAGCAAAAUGUUGAAUUUCCAGUGGGAUCUGCCUUUUUCUCAUAGGAAGGGGAGGAGGGCUGGAAUGUUUGAUGUUUCAGAUUCCCCAUUCACAUUUAUGGAGCAAAUCCUUUUCCUUGUCCCUUUUGCCUGAGCAAGCCAAGCUCGUGUGAGACCCUUUCCUGGCUGUGCAGACAGGUUUGGAAUGGGAUGGUGGGAUGAGCUGCUCUGCUGCAGACAGAAACCUGAAA